UCCACCUGAUUGGAUGCUGGUCAUGACGUAGGCGAGUGGGCGUGUUAGUAGUCACGGCCAUAUUUAUUAUUAUAGUUGGGCAGUCCAACAAGGGUAAAGUUACAUAUCCAACGCGACAGGUUGAUUCUAGCAAGAAGGCUGAACCGCCAUAUACUGGGUUACAGGAGAGAGCAGUCAUGUCAUCUCCAGAAAUUGCGUCUCUGUCCUGGGGCCACAUAAAGGUCAAAGGUUGUGCCUCUUCCUACAAAGACUGCAAGGUGUGGCCAGGUGGCAGUCGGGAAUGGGACUGGAGAGAGACUGGGACAGAUCAUUAUCCAGGUGUCCAGCCAGCCGACCUGGAGGAAAUCCUGAGGAAAGGAGUUCAGACGCUGGUCAUAGGAAGAGGAAUGAGUGAAGCAUUACAGGUGCCUCCCUCCACAGUGGAACAUGUGAAGAAACAGGGUGUGGAUGUGAAGGUACUGCAGACUGAGAAGGCUGUGAGAGAGUACAACAUCCUUGCAGGACAGGGGGCUAAAGUGGGAGGAGUUUUCCAUUCCACUUGCUGAAGAUGCCGAGCCAACUGUACGGUGCCUUACAUCUCAGCUGUUAAAAAAACGUUCAAAAUCUAAAGCAUUGCACUAACCUUUGUUAUUUGGUUGCCAUGAAAAUGUUGUUAAAAUAUUCUUCAGUUCUUUACAAAUUACAGAAUUUACGACAAACAAAAGACAAACUUUUAUUACAUGGAAAAACUA